AUGCGAUCUCCGAAAGCCGACGCGGCCACCGAAUUGACGCCGCUAAUCGGCGGUCCCAAUGGCUCGCGCUCCAACUCGGGCUCAGGCGCGCCGCUGUUGUCUCCAAGCUACGCGGCGUCGUCUCCGUCGUCCUCCGCCUUCUCGCCCUUCAGACUCACUGAAGAACUCGAGGACCAGAAAGAGUCUCUACCGCGUACGGGCAACCUGUCGGAGUUGCUGUCCCAGCACGAAGAUGACGACCCCCAGAGCGAGGAUGACGAGGUCACAGAGAGCCAAUACGCGUACUUUGCAUCCCCCGCCAAGGUGCUGGGCUCAGCCUGUGUGAAAGGCGACUAUUUCCAGGCUCAAAGUGCCGUGGAGAUGGCCAUCAGCAAGGCCGUCCAAGCUGCGGAGCGACAGGAACAGAUGCAGGAGGAGAAACGAACCGAGCGAGCCGUCACUGAAGCGACGAGGCGACGUGUGGCCGAGAGUGUGUUCCGUCUCUUGACGGUGCAUGAAGCCCGUCAUCAGAUGAACUCUCUGCAUCUCGCCGUGCUGUACGAACACCCGACGCUAGUGGCGUAUCUGGUGUCGGUCGCCAGGAAGUAUCUGCCAAGAGAGCGAGACACGCUGUUGAAGGUCAAGAGACAUAUUCAUGUAAAUCACACCAAUGGACACGACGGUGGUCCCGAGUGUGCGUCGGAUCGCGAAGAGUUGGAGGAAGAGACCAAUAGCAAUGCCAGCACCGAGACCCAGGAACGCGAGCACGAGGACGUUGGGUGUGGCACCCUACAGGAUUUCCUUGACAGUCGCUGUGGAGACUCGAAGCACCGCGCGACGGCCUUGAUGCUGUGCACGUCGGUGGCGUGUGCGACCACGUUGAUUGACGCUGGCGCGUCGCUAAAUGCGACGAACUCGUCCGGGAUGACGGCGAUGCAUUACGCUGCAAGCACGGGCAACGCUGCGUUCGUGAGUCUGCUGGUGUAUCGCGGAGCUGACGUCAACCAGACCGACAGUCGUGGCGCUACAGCUCUGCAUUGGGCCGUGUUCGAAGGGUUCCAGUACACGGCCAUGUUGCUGGUGGGGUACGACGCGAACCAGAAGAUUUGCGACUCGGAGAAGCAGACGCCGCUCAUGAUCGCGAGUGCUCUUGGAGACGCCUUUCUCGCCAAGCAGCUGGUCGUGGAAGGAGCGCCUGUACAUGCCAAGGACAAACACGGGCGGACGGCGAUGGACAUCGCUCGACAGGGAGCCCACUUUGACACGGCGAGUGCGUUAAAAGCCGUGGGGCUGGCGUUUCUGACGCUCACGUGUGUCAUGUACACGUACGUUUGUAGCAAGGACCCGGGGUAUGUGCCUCGCUCCACACGCCCCGCGUACCAAGUCUUGGCGAGGGAAGACAACGCCGUCCCGUGUCCGACGUGCGUCGCCCGGAAGCCUCAGCGCUCGAAGCACUGCUCGGCCUGUCGACGCUGCGUGUACCGGUUCGACCACCACUGUCCGUGGAUUAACAACUGUGUGGGUCUUGGCAACCACCGCAGCUUCCUCAUCUUCCUGGUCACUCUGUCGAGCUUUUGCCUCGCUAUCGGCUCCAUAUCACUGAGCAUUCUACUCGGUCACCUCCCGCUGCAUCCGCCUGCGUCUAGUGUUGAGGACUCUGCUGUGUGGCCGUGGAGGUGGCUGCAACCGCCUGAGUGGGCGAUGGCUGGAGAUAUACACCCACACUCGGAGACAUCGUCGCUACUGCUGCAUGGGAUCCACGGGUUCCUACUGGUCUGUGCGACGGUGUUCGGCUUGCCCACGGCCACGUUGCUGCUGAUCCAGCUGCGUAACGUGAGUCGUAAUCUGACCACCAACGAAGUAUUCAACAAGGACAAGUAUCCGUAUUUGAAGACACCACUGGACGAGUUCUACAACCCUUUUGACGGCGGCUGUGCUCACAACUUUGCGGAGGUGUGUCGCGGCGACGUCCCGAGUAAUGAGGAGGAUGAAGACGAGCUCGAGGACAGCAGGAGCUCCGCAUUGCAAGAACACGACGUUAGCUCUGUCAGCGAAAGAUAAAGCAGUGGGUAACUACAACCUUGUACCCAAUUUUGACUCGAUGUUCAACCGUACAAGAAGAUUCUAAUUAAAACAAUACAACUACUGUAUCGAUCUCU